AUGUCCAUACCGACCUUCAGCUUCGAAAUGCCCGAGUAUGCCAAAGGCACCGGGGAACAGAGAGGAUCGUAUCUGUCGUCUUUUGCACGCUGGUUUCAGCUGAAGAAGUACCAAUACGAGGUCACUUUCUCGCUGUACAUGCUUACGUCGACCGAGAAGUUCAUCUUCAAUCUAAUCCUCUUCAUCCUUGUCUCUCUUCUGGUCACCGCUGCGUCGUUCUACCUGCCGAACCACAUCGCCGUCAUCUACAACCGCAUCUACUACUACGUCAACGGCGAGUUCGCCUACGCCACUGCCACGGCAGGAGGGAAGGCGGUGUCCUACAUGACGGACGGGCUGGCGAUGAAUUCGGGAACACCGGCAUUGGUCACUUCUACUGCACAGGUUAUGGGAGACUCGGCCGCGGCCGCAUUGAGAGACCUAUAG